ACACAUACACCACACACACAUACACACACACAUACACAUAUACACACACCAAGUCGUGUUCAUCCGGCCCCCUGCGCAAGAUCAGCCCUGCCAAUGCAACUCAUCUGACUGCCCAUGGAGAUCUAGGCGGAAAGCAGCAGGUAGAGGCGUGCCAUGGAUUGCACCAUCAAGGAGGCGCUGUCAGUUGUAAGUGAGGACCAGUCCAUCUUCGACCCAUCCUUUGCCUCCUCACACCUCUUGAAGACCGAGGUGUCUCCAGUGGACGAUUAUGGGAGCAAGGAAGAGCCAACAUUGGAAGACGCCUCGUGGUCAGCCCAGGUCAAUAGCCGAGGCCAUAUGGUGAAACAGGAGAACGAACAAGUCAAUUGCUCCAGCAGCAGACAAUCACCGGUGGAAUGCAGUGCCACCCGCAGGAACAAAGUGGAAGCGGCGGUCGACACGUCCCAAGUGCCCUACCCAACCGGAUACCCCAACCAACGUAGUCCCCCCGUUUCUUCGUCCAGGGAGGAGAAGGUCAUUGUUCCAGCAGACCCGGGUGUUUGGAGCUGCGACCACGUCCGUCAGUGGCUGGACUGGGCAGUGAAGGAGUAUGGCCUUCCCGACAUCGAAACCAGCCUCUUUCAGCACAUAGAUGGAAAGGAACUUUGCAAACUUGGGAAGGAAGGGUUCCUCCGCCUCACUUCGCCCUACAACACCGAAAUCUUGCUGUCUCACCUCACCUACCUGCGCCAAAGCAGUCCCACUUUCUCUUAUCCAUCUCCACCGGUUAUCAGCCAGCAGCCUCCUCCGCCUCCACCAAGGGUCCAAGUCAAAACUGAAUCUACAUAUGAUGAAAUCCGAAGAAGCAGCUGGGGCAGCAGCACAGUAAACACCACUCCCAAAGGUUCCCCACCGCAGAUCCAAACUGUGAGCCGGAUCCCGGAUUCUACACGCAUGGCACCUGUAGAUCCAUACCAAGUCCUUGGGCCCACUAGCAGCCGCUUGGCAAACCCAGGUAGCGGCCAGAUCCAGCUGUGGCAAUUCCUCCUGGAGUUGCUCUCGGACAGCAACAAUGCCAGCUGCAUUACCUGGGAGGGGACCAAUGGGGAGUUCAAGAUGACAGAUCCCGACGAAGUGGCGCGACGUUGGGGCGAGCGCAAGAGCAAGCCCAACAUGAACUAUGACAAGCUGAGCCGGGCGCUGCGCUACUACUACGACAAGAACAUCAUGACCAAGGUGCACGGCAAACGCUACGCCUACAAGUUCGACUUCCAGGGCAUCAACCAAGCCCAGCAGGGGCAGCCCGGCGAGCCGAGCCUUUACAAGUACCACCACACGGAACUGCCUUACCUGCCCCCCUACCACCAGCAGAAGGUUGGCUUCGGCCUGGGCCACAGCACGCAGAUGCCUGCCUCAUCCUCAGGGUUUUUCGGCCCACCUGCCCCGUAUUGGAAUUCCACAGGGGGAAAUCUCUAUCAGAACCCCACUGUGUCCAGGCAGGCUACCAACCACCUGGGCUCUUUCUUCUAACCUCCAAAAAGUCCUGGAGAUACCGGAACUUCUGUACCAGGAGAUCUCAUUAUACAAAUGUCCACCGCACGCAGAAAGUGAAAUACAGGGAAUAUCAUCUUGAACGUAUUCCGUGGCCAUCAUGCAUAAAGAAGGCGAGGGGAGCAGUACCACUCCCUGCCACCAGCAGGCGCUGUUCUUCUGCGCUACCCAAACAAUUUUGUGAUCAUCU